UUUCUCUUGGCCAUAUGUCAGCAAGUGAAAAUUCCACUAACAUAAACUAAUGACCCAUUUUGAAAUCAGUUUGCUCCACACACAUAUGUAGAAUCUUAAGUUAUUCUUCUCUUUCAUUUUAAACAUGUAAACACUACAAGAACUUUGUCUGAAAUUAUGGGGGUGGCCCUGAAGAGUGUGCAAGCAGUUCAGAAGAUUUAGAAAUGGAUCUGUAAACCUCUCAAAUUACCAGAUAAUCUGUGUCAAACAUUGGCACCAACCAAGAUCCCAAACCAGAGUUCUCACCCAGUUGUCCGGGACGGGCGAAUUAGAUAAAAUUGGCCCUAAACCGAUGCUAUGUGGACACACCAUAAUGCAGACAUAAACCUAACCCUUACCCACCUCUAAGGUACCAAGGAGGCAUCCUAACAAGAUGUCCAAACCACCUAAGAUGGCUCCUUUAGGAGCAGUGUCUAUACUCCGAUCUCCCAGCGAAUGUAUGAACUCCUCACCCUAUCUCUAAGUAUGAGUCCUGCCACCCUACGGAGGAGAUCAUUUCAGAUGCUUGUAUCCACAAUCUUGCCCUUUCAGUCACUACCCACAGUUCAUGGCCAGAGAUGGACCAGAAAAUCCUGUAGUACUGCUGACACCGCACCACUCCUCCUGUCCAUCUCAAGCUCCAUUUUCCCAUCACUUAUGAAAACAUGAGCCUGAUAUACUUAAACUCCUUUGCUUGGGGCAGGAGUUCACCCCCCAGACAGGGGGGGAAAUCCACCAUUUUCCAGCAGAGGACCAUGGCCUCAGAUAUAGCGAUGCUACCCUCCAUUUCAACCUCUUUACACUUAGCUAAAAACCGCCCCAGUGCCUGCUGGAAAUCAGGGCUGAAGAAGCCAGCAAAACCUCAUCAUCUACAAGGAGCAGCGACGCAAAAUGAGGUUCCUGGAAUGGACACUUUCAUCCCCAUGGCAACACCUUGAGAUCCUAUCCACGAAAAUCACAGGAUCGGAGACAAAGUACAACCCAGGGGGAGUCCAGCACCCAAUGAAAAUGUCAGACACAGCUAUCACUUUGGUCAUACAGGGACCGGAUAGCCCACAGCAGAGGGCCUGGUACCCCAUACUCCUGCAGUACCCCCUAUAGUACUCCCUGUUGGAACCAUUCGUUGGCCUUCCCCAAGUCUACAAUUGAUUGGGCUAACUCACAUGAAAUCCCCAACAAGACCGCAAAGGUAAAAAGUUGGUCCGUUGUUCCAUGACCAGGACAGAAUCUACAUUUUUCCUCUUGAAUCCAAGGUUUGACAACUGGCGCUAAGCUUCCUGUUCAGCACCCUGGAAUACAAUUCUGGAACAGUCCAGACCUCCAUGUGACACUGUAGAAGCGUGUAAACUAAGACUGUAAAACAAUGUUUAGAGCCUUCAGCAUCUCAGGGCAAAUCUCAUCUAUGCCUUGCUGCUGAGGAGCUUCCUGACCUUUGCCAGUAACACGGACAAGUUUCAAGGAGGAAAACAACAACCAUAAUUCCGGUGGAUGGUUUUAUCCGCAGUGCCUCAGCCAGCCAGCCAACCGGGGAGCAGAAUGUCAAGACAGCAGCAGCGGACGCCGUUAAAACACACCGACAACGUGGUGGAGGUGAAAAGCAAAUUUGAGGCAGAAUAUCGUCGCUUUGCUUUAAAGAGGAAUGGUCCGGGUGGCUUUCGGGAGUUCUACCGCCUCCUCCAAACCAUCCAUCGCAUCCCUGGUGUUGAUGUACUGCUGGGAUACGCUGAUAUCCAUGGAGACCUCCUUCCAAUCAACAACGAUGAUAACUUCCACAAAGCUGUCUCAUCAGCCAAUCCUCUGCUUCGUAUUAUCAUAACCAAAAAAGGCAGGAGAGUAAUGGUGGACCGCUCCUCAAGCCUGCCUAGGUCACACUCGGGGAUUGACACUUUUUUUUUGAGAUCCAGCUCUUACGAGGAUGAACCUAUAGUUUUUGCAACCAACUCCCUCCAGAGGCGUAAAAAGGGGCUAGGCUUAACCGCACUGCGCACCACUGCUUCAGGCUCCACCCACUCAAGGAACAAAGCAGGCCUUAUGAUUGGCCUACCACAGAACUUCAGACAGAUCUCAUCCAUUAUUGAUGUGGACAUCCUACCUGAGACACACCGACGUGUACGUCUCCACAAGCAUGGUACACACAAACCACUGGGCUUCUACAUCCGUGAUGGGGUGAGCGUGCGGGUGACACCACAGGGUGUGGAGAAGGUUCCAGGAGUGUUUAUAUCUCGUUUGGUACGUGGUGGGCUUGCAGAAAGCACAGGACUGCUGGGAGUUAAUGACGAGAUCCUUGAGGUCAACGGCAUUGAUGUAGCAGGAAAAACUUUGGAUCAGGUUACAGACAUGAUGGUGGCCAACAGUCACAACCUCAUUGUGACUGUCAAACCAGCUAACCAGAGGAAUAAUGUGGUGCAUCGUGGGAGUAAAACCUCAAUGGGGAACUCUGGCUCUGUGGGCUCAGCUGGAUCUACCAGCUCUGCUCCAUCGCAUGACUCACCAAGCCCUGCCUCUCAGAGCAACCCAAUUACUGCAAGCAACAGCAUUGCAGAGGGUGACAGUGAUGAUGAAGAUGAUGAUGGUGACCUUAUUCUGGAGAAUGACUCCCUGGCACCCUUUGACUCCCAACGAGUUACCAACAGCAACAACACUAACCUCAACAGAGACUCGCCUAGCAAUAGACCACACAACUUCACUGUGGUUAGGCCCCUCCCACAGAGUUUGUCAUUGCCCAAUAGCAUUGGAACAACCCUGAGUGACAGCUCCAUGAUGAUGUCCAAUCAAAAUGGAAAUCCCACCCACACAUGUAGUAGCAGUCAAGAGAGCAUGAGAGAGGAUGGCAACAUAAUAACACUGUAACCAUUACAACACCACAGCUAUGCUGUAACAGUGAUGUAACCAUGAAAAAUACAGAAAGCUGUGCUCCCGUCAGUCAGAUAAUGGACUGGAUGGACUCUGACUUUCUGACAGCACCUUCUACUAGCUUCCUGCCCCUUGGAUCAUGGGUGUGCAUCAUCCAUAGGUACAACAUGACUGACUAGUAUAUGUCAGCAAGAUAUGGCUGAGGUAAUGUGUAUAACUGAGCUGUCAUGGUUUGUAUGCAAAACAAAUGACAAACACCCAUGAAAAUUGUUUAAAUGCUGCAAUGUAUUAAUGGAUCAGUUUGGACUAACAGGGAUGAACUAGGGUGGGGAAAAAUUGCAAAUGCUUCUGUAAAAUGGUUGGUUAAUCAUGUUGCUCUGAAAUUGUUUAUGAAGUGCUACAAAACCGGAAAACCUACAGCUGCACCAAUCAGAAAAAUCAACUUCUUACUGCAGAACACCUGAUUUGUUGACUAUAACAAGACAGUGGAAGAAUAAUAUCAUGUAAAACAUUAAUGGCAGUAUAACAUCUAGCAGAACAGCACUCUAGCAGUUUGUUAUUUUCCUGACUUUAAAAUUGUCUUUGCCCGUUUGUGUGGUAUUUUGGUGUCCAGCACAGAGAGCACGGUGUAGGCAGGAGAAUACACAAGGCAGUACAAAGUGAAUGUUUGAUAUUUUUGCAAAAAUUGGUCCUUCACCUUUGCGCAGAGAAUAAACAUCUAAGAACCAUGUCUGUUUGUAGAGAAAAGUCACUCUGCUAGUGAUCUGAUGAUUAUAAAUAAAAACAUUUAAUGAACUACUAUUUACUAUUUAAUCAGUUGAUUAUUUUAAAUUGGCAUGUAGAAAUGAAGAAGAUACAGAGAAGCUGCAGAAGCACUGGCAGUGUCUGCCAAAAUGAAAGCCAUUGUCUCAAGUGUAUCUGGUGAUAUAGGAAUAUGGCAAGGUGUAAAGCUGGCAUACCUCCGGAUCCGGGCGAAAUUCGUCCGUCCAAACUUGUCCUCUAGAGGGCGGUGUUGUGUCAUGAAUGACUGAGCCAUUGACGUUGCUAUUUGUCACGAUGACCCGGCACUGUAGCACCAUAUAAAUGUAUGUACCUUCUCACCAACUCACAUAUCUUCUCCUCCAAAUUUUGCGCCAUUUUUAAAUGUCCAAUGUUGUACUCUUUUCUUGUUUUUCUUUGAAUUUCCAGCAACUACUGUCUUCUUCAUCGAUUUUCACAAUGGAGUGACUUCUAAGUCUAUACUGCCACCACGAUUUCCAGUGGUAUUGCUCUGUUUCGUCUGGAGCACUCCAGAUUCGUAAGCUCAGAGGCAACGGAUCCACUAACGUAUGAAAAACGACCUCCAUUUUUACCGUAGGUAUAAAUGGGCCUUAAUGUGUUUGUGGUUUAGCAAGAGAGAACAACGGCAGCUUUGCUCAGAGCAGACAGGUGUUGGUGAUCAGAACAGAGGGAAAGUUUUGCAGUUAAGUUAUCUGGUGGCAGUAAGUGUACACUACAAGUCACAGCUUGACCAUAAAUAACCUUUACAGCUCCCCUACACCAAAGAAUAACUCAGUUUAGAGUGUCCGCUAUCAUUGCUUAUGAUGUUGUUCUUGAUAGUACUGCAGUCUGGUUGUGAUGGUAAUGGACUCCAUCUGAGAUUGAGGCUUUAAAGGUGGAUCAUCAGUAAAUCAAUCUGGAUGUAGCAGGAAUCAUAUGUUCAUAAAUCUACAACAGCCAAAUGGAGAAGUGCUGCUCAGAGCACAGCUGUUUCAGAGUUAUGAGAGAUUUUGGAAACAGGACAUUUGGUUCCAUGACAAGCAUCAAUUCAAAAACUAUGCUAAAGUCAAAGAUAACUUUUACAGCCUGGCAUUUCAAAUAUGAAAAUCCAAUUACUUGUGAAUCUCAAAUAUAAUUAUUGAGAUAUAAAAAGACAAAUGGGUGGGGAAGUUAUGUACCGUAUGUGUUAAAUCAGCAAUAAGGUGAAGUGAUUAUUUUAAAUGAUUUUCACACUAAAUGAAAGAAUCUAAAAAGCAGAGACAGUCCCCCUUCCCUCCUCAGCCACACAAACUGGCAUACAUACUGCAUACACGUCUAUACACACUAACACUAUUAACCAUCAUGUUAAUGUUCAUUUCUACAACAACUACAGUAAUAUAAAAUUGAUAUGAUCAGAAUGAAUCUGCACUACAGUGUGUGUAAAGUAGAUUCUAUGUACAAACUUGUAAACAAUCAACUGCUGCGCAGGAUUCUUGGAAGACAAAAAUACUUAAUUCCAUAUUUAAGGCCAGUCCAAUACAAAUCCGAUUUGAACAAAUUCUCUUCCCCAGCCUGAAGUAAUUGGUGAGAAAGACUUCUUAAGGUCUUGGAAAUGCAGAGACCUCAGUGGUUGAAAAUGUCCCCAAGAACACAAAUACCCUUGUUAGCCAGUUGGGGAUAAAUGAAAGGUAUGGAGUCAGACAAAACAAAGUUAUAUUCCAAACAGUGGGCAAGUUGUGACACUUAGAUGUGAAUUAUAAGUAUGUUUCUGUUUGAUACCAUGCAGACAGGGAAUUUAAUAUAACAGACACUCUGAAGCAACUGACAGUGAGGGUACAGUUCACUUUCUAGCCAAUGGAUUUAAGGGCAUUGAGAAAGUUUUGGUCCAGUUAAUUGUGUUGUCAUUGGAUGAAUGACCCAAAAUGUUCAAAGUGACUUAAUACAUGAGGAAUAGAGUUGGUCAAGUUUGAUAGGAACAGUAAAAUGUCAUCAGCAUAAACAGAGAUAGAGUGACAAUUUCACUUUAACUGAGAUACUGCUGAUUUUAAUAUGCUGAUGUUUUCUAACAGCUUGUGCUAAAGGUUCUAACGAAAGUGCAAAUUCACAAGGUGAUAGGGGAUCUAUAUGUUAACAAAGGUAAGACCAAAGCCAAAGUGCUCGAAAACUGCCCAUAAAUAGUCCCAAUCCACAUGGUCAAAGGCUUUGUCUGUAUCCAGAGAGAGGUCUGUUUUUACAUGGUGCUUUUUUCCAAAAUAUGUGUAACAGCAAAAGGAUGUUAUCUGAAGCCAAGUGCCCUUUAAUAAAGCUGGCUUGGUCUGGGUGCAUAAUGCAUGAGAUACAUGUUUCCAGUUAAGACUUGAUAUGGGCCUAUAGCUGAAACAUUCCAUCACGUUUUUACCCUUUUUAAGAGAAGGAAAGUAAGCUUGGUGGAAUAUUCAAACCAAAAGUGAAAAGUUGACCAUGACCAACUCUGUAAUAAUACCUUAGAAUCCAGUGGGUGCAAACAGGAACAAAGUCACUUGUACAUUCACGGAGGUCACAUCAGCAUUUCUGAUUUCUGUUGUUUGGAUUGCUUGAGUCUCCAUGCCAAAUGUUUACUUGUUUUUUCUGCAUUUUGAUUGAUAUUUUGGUGAGUUUUGAGAUCUAAGAACUCACAUUUGGAUGUUGUUAAUGAUUUAAGCCCCUUUCAAAUAUGCACUGUUACUCUGGAUAUAGCUGGAUUUAGAGUUUACCCGGAGUAGCUGUCUAAUUAAAAUGUCUAAUUAAUGUCUAAUUAUUUGCCCAAAUAUGAUUAGAAAUUAAAACAUGAACAGGUUUUUUAUUGAAAUGAACUUAGCAAACAGCUGGAUGAAAUUUAAGGAAAACCUGAAGAAUGCUUGAUUUAUCAUCCCUGAGCUACGAAAGGUUGCACUUGACCUGAAGCUAUUGCUUAUCAAAGUCCAGUGUCAACACUGCUUAAUGCACACUCACACAGACACACACACACACACACACACACACACACACACACACAUCCAAAAAACACAAUUACAUUUUACAAUUCAAUGUGUGUUACCAUCAAAUAUAAAUGUAAAAUCAUAAAACAAUUGAGGUGUUCAAUCUUAAGGUGGAAGGUUGUUAGUUGCCUACCAUGGCUUUUUUUCAUUUGCCCAGCGCUGGCUUAUCUGGUCAUUUAUAUUUAUUUAAAGGUUAUUUAUCUUUGUGUGACAAGUACACAGAUCUGGGGCAAAGUAAGAUGUCUAUAAUCGUCAAAUGGUAUGGAGCUGAUUUUGAAAGCAGCCCAAUUAGUCAUUGCAUAUUAACUAUGUCAAUGAUGUGUUGUGGGAGACUUCUUCUGGAUCAUCUGUAAAUAAUCUGCUCACAAGUCACUGUCACCACCCACAACCAUUUUGUGCAGUGUGGUUUAUGUGACACAAACCGAACACCAUACUUGUAACCUAUUUGCUGACGCAAUUGCAUACACUGUGUGUCCUGGACUGAGGCCAGGACAUCACUUUACUGCGAGGUAGCCUUUAAAACCAGGAAAAGACAUUACUAAUGAAAUAUCACAAUAUCCAAAAUCUUAGAUGGUAUAGUCUCAUACCACAAUAACAUUAUACUGUGUGUUGCACAGCCAUAGUAUACGUUGUUUUGUGGGCACGACCAACUGGGAGGAUCCCCCAGGAUAGACCCAGAACUUGCUGGAGGGAUUAUAUAUGUCAUUGUGUCUGCGACAUUUCCACGCUGGCAUGCCAGUAGUUAUGUGGACAAUGAUUACCAGAGCUGAAGUGGGGGCAGCCUGCUACAGCAUGGUCACAUCGAGUGUCUGUAUAAUUAUAUUCAAUGCCAGGUGGGGUAGGCAGAUAUUUCACACUGCGGGUUGAACACAUCUCUGUGUUGGACAAGCAAAGACUCAAAUUAAUAGUGUCGUUCUCAUCUGAAUCUGGAUAAGAGCACAAACAGGCAUGCAUUUCACAAACAAACAUCAGCCUGGGCCUCAAUCUCAUUUAACUGAAUCAGAUUAAUACUUGUUACUUUGAUGACGUGCAUGUCAAAAAGCACAAAGAAAUGGUUUAACGGCUUGACGCCUGAAUUUAU